UGCUCCAGGCUCAGUUACUCAGACUACGGAGCGGAGCGGAUCUUCCAUUGGGACUUACGUAAGGGAUCACUGGGACUGCUUAUGGAUAGCUAGGGACUGCUCGCUUGCUCUCAAACUCACGACCCGGACCUACAGCUGGUUCCCAGGCGGGAGAGAACCAAAAAAAGGAUGGCAGCUAGCGGUAUAAAGGCUCUGCAGCAAUGGUGCAAACAACAGUGCAAUGGAUAUCGAGACGUCAACAUUACUAACAUGACCACAUCAUUCCGAGAUGGACUGGCGUUUUGUGCUAUACUGCACAAGCAUAGACCUGACCUCAUAGAUUUCAAUUCUCUCAGCAAAGAAAAUGUCUAUGAAAAUAACAAUUUGGCUUUUCGUGUUGCUGAGGAUAAACUGGGAAUUCCAGCUCUGCUGGAUGCUGAAGAUAUGGUCAGACUUAAAGUUCCAGACAGGCUUAGCAUACUGACAUAUGUAUCACAGUAUUAUAACUACUUCCAUGGCCGCUCUCCUAUUGGCGGUUUGGGAGGUAUUAAACGGCCUCCUCCGGAAACAAACGAUGAACCAGCGGGAAAGAAAAUCACCAACAACGUACCGUCCAACGUGCAGACUAACAUAUCCACUCCACAACCAGCGCCACGGGCAAACCCUGCAAUACUGAAACAGCACAAUGUCAUUGAAAACCCUCCAGUGAGAGCUGGGAUACGCGAAAUUGACAGCAACAGUGGUAUCAGCAGCAGUUGUACAGUGUGCGGGAAGCACGUUCACCUUGUACAGAGACACCUUGCUGAUGGGAAGCUUUAUCACAGGAGCUGUUUCAGAUGUAAGCAGUGCACACGUACUUUACAACCAGGGAGCUAUAGGGUUGGAGAUGAACCUGGUACCUUUGUAUGCACUAAUCACCAUCAGGUCAAGCCUUCGCCUCCUGUGACCAUAAACAUCACUCCCACGAGACCUGCUGAGGAUCCGGUGAUAGGAAACAGGGGUAGCCCAGCCAGUAUUAACUCAGUAGUACACGAACAGACUAACAAAUCUACCACUGCUAACAGUUUUGGUCUAAAUAGCUCUUCUCUGCACAAUUCCACCAAUAGAGCUGCCUUGGGUUUUGUCAGUCAUACAAGUGGCGCUCAUGGGGGGCACGAACAGCCUAAGAAAAACACAUACAACUUGCCAAACACCGACAGCAAAGUAAGUCCAAGUGCUGGAAACAAACCUGUACAAGAGCACACCAACAGAACUGCGGUGGGGUUUACUAGUAGCAAUAAAGACAGUCCACGUGUCUUCAGUGCUUUUGGGUCUGAGCAGUCAAACAAAGUUGGACCCAGUUCAUUAAACAGCAGAGGAGGGCUUGGUACAACAAGUUCCCCUGUGCAGGAGCAGGUUAAUAAGCCAACCGUAGCUUAUCAGUCAAGUAAAGGAAACGCUGACCGCAUAAGCUCCCAGUGGAAUCAGCCCAAGGAUGUUAAAAAAGAGCGGGUACAAACUGGCCAACAAGCCAAGACUCCCAGCUUUACCAGUACAAUUACAAGCCCAAUGGAUAAGUUAUCUUCACCACUGACUAAAGAACAACCCAAGGAAAGGGAACCAUCUCCUAAACCCAGGUUGUCCUCUACUGCCAAAACCAAAGAAGCACGAGAUAAGUUCUUCCAGUCAAGUCCGGUGGUUAUAGAACCAACGGUUAACAGGCCACCAGUCAUCCAAGACUCUUAUUCUAAUGGGCCCGGGAGGUCUGUUACUGUCACCACCACAGUAAUCAGUUCGGACUCAAGUUCUGAAAAAGACAAAGCUCGGAAUUUCCUCCUAAAGAAUAUACCUGGGCCAGCAUCUCCUGAACCUUCUAGUGGAGCAACUAACCCAAGUGCUGUAUACACUCCUCACAGGAUUUUGGAACAGAACAAAAAUGAGUCUAAAAUCACCACCCCCAAAGAGGAGUCCUGGAAGCCAAUACCCAAGGAGAGAGAGAGUAAAGUGCCAAAAUCUGCGCCCAGUUCCAGUCUACCCACCAAUACUCCAACACCCACAAUAAACAAAGAAUCUAACAAGCAAAACUCAGGGAAAAGCCCCCAGCCAGCACAUCCUAAGGUAUCCAGUGAAAGCACCAGCCAGAAAAGCGACGCCUUAUCUGCAAAAUCCAAUAAUAUAAACUCCAAAGUAACAAAAACUGAGAACCCAGAAGACUGGAGAGGUAUGCUGAAGCCGGCGGAUAAAAGACAACCAGGGUUGACGCCGGAAAAGGACAGACAUCCUUUUAUAGAUCAGGGAGCUGUGGCACAGAAGAAACCAACUGCUACCACAAACGUUACUGUGAACCUCAUCACCCCAAGCCCCACCGAGAAAGAGAGCAAACCUGCACCGCCCGCUACAAAGACCCAGGAAAGCACUGCCUCUUCCACCAUAAAUCCACCAAAGAAGAAACUGCUUCCUGUCAAACUGGAUUUGAUUACGGAUUGGCCAAAAGUUGAGCAAAGAUGGAAAGAUGACAACUUGGCCAAUCAAGACAAUGCAUUAAAAUGGCGCCCUCAUUUGGAAAAUAAUUCAUCUUCUGUAUAUAUCUCUAAUUCCCAAAUAACUGAGAAUGCAUCCCUGGAUACAGUCAAACCCUCCAAUCCUAAGAAACCUAGUUUAUCGUCCAAUGAAAAAGCAAGAUCUCCCGGCAAGCAACGUCCUGAAUACAUACCAGAAGAAGCCAUUCAGCGAGAACUGCAGCGCAUUGAGAAGGAGCUGGAUUAUCUGGAGUUACGGGGAGUGGAUCUCGAGAAGCAGCUGCGCAGCUGUGAUGGAGAUGAAACUGAAGAUGCACUCAUGGUUGAUUGGUUCAAGCUGAUCCAUGAGAAGCAGCUCCUGCUGAGAUUUGAAUCAGAACUAAUGCACAUUUCUAGACAGCAGGCGUUGGAAGACCAGCAAAUUAGCGUUGAUACUGAACUGCGAAACCUUAUGGACAAACCAGAGCGUCUAAAGACCCCAAGAGAUAAGGAGAGAGAGCAAGAGCUCCUGAAAAAACUGGUAGAGAUUAUAAAUGACCGAAGUGAGAUCAUAGAAUGCCUGGAUGAGGACAGGAUCCGAGAAAGGGAGGAAGAUGAAAUGAUGGAAGCCAUGAUCCAAAAACAUAUAGGUUCCCCAAAAGAACCCAGUCCAGAUCUUAAAAGGAGAUCAAGGUUCAGUAUUUCAGGUUUCUGGAAAUCAAAAGAAAAGAAUAAAUCAUAAGAAUCACCACAUUGGAAAAAACUAUAUAUAAAGUUGGCAGUAACUACUUAUGAAAGCCCUGGAAAAUCGAAGGAAAAAUCUAUAAACACUACAGAAUGUUCUAUGAAUGUUUUUUCAGACCUUCAAAGAAUUAGCUACAUGUUGAAAGGAGAAGUAUAUAAACUUGUACAGAAGAAUGCAAAACGCGUUGACAGUCAUUGGAGAAAAAAAAUAUUUGACUUCUGGUGGACAGAUUACAGGCAAAAACCUUUUUAUUUGUAUUGUUGAUAGUAGAGAAUGAGCUAUUUUUUUUUCUUUCAAGAGACAGAUUUUAUGUUCUAAAAAAAAAUAUAUAUAUUUUUUAGUUUUGUUUUUAUAUAUAUAUUUUUCAGAAACACAAACUUGCAGUGAAAAGUGUGUCAUACAUGGGAAGUAAAAGACAAUGGAUAGAAAACCAAGUUCAACAUGAAAGUACCAAAGGGAUUAUUAAUAUAGAAAAGUUUUCUUUUCUACUGUACAAUUAUUAAAUAUGUUUAUUUUACUGUA